GUCCAGUACAUGACCUUCUGCGUCCACAUUUCUUUCUGUACCUUAGGAAGUGCCAUUUACUUCUUCUACUUCUAUCGGACCAUUCAAUAAUCCUGUGGCCAUGAUCAUACGUCGGUUCGUUCCGUUGUCUCGCGAAUUCAUUAUCGCCGCGAUUCUCGCAAUAACAAUAUGCGCCAUGCUGGCAAGAUCGCCGUUCCCUUCUCGCGCGUACAACAAAGUCCUUGAAUCCCACAUAAAUUGGCAGUCCUCGUGCGCAGCAAAUCAUGCACCAGUACACCAUGAUCUACGGGUGGUUCCUGGAGGGACCCUGGAACAUCCGGUAUCAAAGUAUGCCUACGUCGUCUAUCUAGCUCCGAGCGAGAAAGAAGACGCCGGGGAAGAAGAUACUGAGGACAACGUAUACAUGACAUCCGUCCGCAUGCUUAUUUACCAAUUCCUACAUGACCCGGAAACACGAACAAACGCGUCGAUUCCGUUCAUUGUACUCGUCUCUCCAGCUGUAUCUCAGGCAAAGCGAAAGCGUCUAGAGUCAGAAGGUGCAUGGAUUGCCGAGUUCCCACCAAUCGAGUUAGAUACUGUUAAGCCAGCUCGCGCCCGCUGGAAGCAUGUCAUGGAUAAGCUCAAUGUGUUCAAGUUGACACAAUUCGACAAGAUACUCCUUCUAGAUCUCGAUAUCGUCGUGUUCAAACGUCUGGACGGUAUCUUCGAUGAUCCAGAGACUAACAUUCAAACGAACCUUGGGAUGAAGGAGCAGACAAAAGAGGACGAAGGACCACAACCAAAGCAAUACCUACUAGCUGCAGACUCCGCCCCUCUUGGCAGCGACAACCAUCCCUGGCCUGCACCGCGAUCAACGGCUCUGAAUGCCGGAUUUCUCGUCCUUCAUCCUUCGGAGGAUACCUUGGCCCAUUACUUACGUGUGGGUGCAAUUGAAGGCCGAACCCCAAUGCUGGCACCUGAGAAUAACCUGCUCGAGUAUAUUCACCGAGUGGAUGGGAACAUGCCUUAUUCACAGCUACAACACCAUUGGGUCAUGAAUCAUCCGGUAUAUAGCGACUACGAACAUGGCAUUGCCGCUGUUCAUGAGAAAUGGUGGAGGAAUAGUAUGACAGACCACCGACUUAAGGAAAUGCUCCUCCGGGUCAAGUGGAAAAUGGAGGGCUACUGGAGCCGGGGCUAGUUCAUGAUGUUUAACUAUGUGCAUUGAGAUGUGGCUGUAAGAACUCUUCUAUCUAUCUAAGACAAAUGCGAUCAUGAAAUCUUCUUUCUAGCUUUAAUCUGGAUCAAAUACGAGGCAUUCUGUUCCAUUUGCCGG